CUGUGGAUCCGCUAUCCACUUCCAGCCUGUAAACACCAGAGGGCGACCAUGGCGGUCACCAGCUCUUAGCUGUGGGCCUUCACCUUGUCCCUUCCUCCUAUAUACUCCCCAUAACCAACCCUUCCUCACUUCGGUUUUCGGCUGCGGUUAGUCAGUUCCCGUUUCGGAGAUUUUAGCUUCUCUGCUACCACCAGUACGGGUUUUGGUAUUCGCCGGACGGAGAAAGAAGAGGAAGGCCGCUACGGACGGACGGAGAAAAAGGCGUAAGAGAUGGAUCCGUGCCCCUUUGUGAGGGUGCUAGUGGGGAACCUGGCCCUGAAGAUCGCCGCGGCCUCGAAGCCGGCGCGCACCGGCGUCCACCCUUCCAGCUCCCCCUGCUUCUGCGAGAUCCGCCUCAGGAACUUCCCCGUCCAAACCGUGAUGCUGCCGCUCCUCUCGCCGGAAUCAGCCGUGCCCGAGGGGCAGACGCUUGCGGCCACUUUCCACCUUGGGCGGGAGGAGCUGGAGAGGCUCGCCGGGAAGACGUUGUUCGCCGGGAGGGCGAAGCUGACGCUCGCGAUAUACACGGGGCGGAGGGGGACGACCUGCGGGAUGAGCUCCGGCAAGUUGCUGGGGAAGGUGUCGGUGCCGCUGGAGCUGGAGGGGACGGAGUCGCGGCCAUGCGUUCUGCAGAACGGGUGGGUCGCCGUGGGGAAGGGCAAGGUUGGGUCGGCGAAGCCGGCGGCGCAGCUGCACCUCAGCGUGAAGGCUGAGCCCGACCCGAGGUUCGUGUUCGAAUUCGACGGGGAGCCGGAGUGCAGCCCGCAGGUGCUCCAGAUCCAUGGCAACAUCAGGCAGCCCGUCUUCACCUGCAAGUUCAACUGCAAGUCCGGUGCCGAACGCAACUCGCGAUCGAGAUCCCUGCAAUUGGAUCCGUGUAGCUCGUCUCGAAGCUGGCUGGGUUCUCUGGGUUGCGAGAAGGACCGGCCGUCGAAGGAGAGGAAGGGGUGGUCGAUCACCAUUCACGACCUCUCGGGCUCGCCGGUGGCGGCGGCGUCGAUGGUGACCCCCUUCGUUCCGUCGCCAGGCUCGGACCGUGUGAGCCGCUCGAACCCCGGCGCUUGGCUGAUCCUUCGCCCGUCCGAUGGGACAUGGAAGCCGUGGGGGCGCCUGGAGGCUUGGCGCGAGCGCGGAAGCGGCGACGCCCUCGGCCACCGCUUCGAGCUCAUCACCGACGCCCUCGGGGGCGGGAUGGGGAGCGGCAUCCCGCUGGUUGAGUCGACGCUGAGCAUGUCUAAGGGCGGGAAGUUCACCAUCGACAUGGGUGGCACCGGCCGCUCUACCCCGGCCAGUUCUUGCUCGCCGGCCUGCAGCCCGCGGAGCAGCGGCGACUUCGGCAACAGCCUCUGGCCCUUCUGCGCCUACCGGGGCUUCGUCAUGGGUUCGACUGUUGAGGGCGAGGGCAAAUGCAGCAAGCCCGUUGUCCAGAUAGGCGUCCAGCACGUAUCCUGCAUGGAGGACGCGGCCGUUUUCGUCGCUCUCUCCGCCGCCAUCGACCUCAGCAUGGACGCUUGCCGGCUUUUCUCUCAAAAGCUGAGGAAGGAACUCUGCGUUCCGCACGACAACUCCGCUUAGUAGAAGCGACAGAGAGGGAACAGAGCAGAGCGAAGACAUUUUCCUUUUUGUUCUUUUUUUGCUUCAUUGUUUCGUUCGUCAGUGGUAUUAUUUCUAUUUUUGAUUGUGAGUGAAUUUUUCUUACUAACAAUCAGAAUGAGAGAAUUUGGAUUGUAAAAUUGUACAGAUGACUGAGAGAGCUAAUAUUAGCGGCUGUAUUCGUUUCUUCUUUUUUUUCUGUAAAUUUCUUUCGCAGCGGCGAUGUUUUCCCUUCUUGUUUUCUUUACUUUUUCCUGUCCUGUAACAACUCAGAGGUUUAAUGGAGUUCUUUUCCUUGUUCA